UGAUUGAUUGAUUAAGCGACAGAAAUAAAGAUAAAUGAAGCAGGGAAAAUACCACAGGAUAAGCGAAAGUACCUUUUAUUUUUCUUAAAAUUAAAUAUACCUAAGUUGGUUCCUUUUUCCUGAGAAUCUACACGCUCUCCAUUUAGUGAAGAUAACAAGAAGCGCAGAUGUAGGUGCGUGUUAAAGGUAUCUCAAGCGAAGCAUUAACAGAUGGAAGGUAAACUCCCAUUUGAAAGUCUCUUGCUCAGGCGUCAAAAUACAAUGAUGUCGACAAAUGUUCCUCGAAAACAAAGCAGUCCUCCGCCACAGUCAGUCUAUUUAAAUUAUCUGCGCGGAUGGCUAGGAGCGAUGUCCCUCAUCUCGUUUGCGAAUGGUAUGCAGUCGUUCGUCGAUAUGAAAUUUCUUCAUAAAUCCAUCUACACGAAUUCAACAGGCUCAGUUAACCCUCUAAUGGCUCGGAUAUUUGGUACUUGGUCUCUUCUUUCUGCAUUCCUCAGAAUCAGCUGUUCUCUGGAUUUUUCUAACUCCAUGUUAUACCAUAUGACUUUGGUUUCAUUUUUGAUGUCUAGUGGACACUUCCUCUCUGAAUUACUUUGGUUUCAAACGGCUGGCACAGGUACAGGUAUUCUGGUGCAAUUGCUUUUUUCAGGUUUGUCUACAAUUGCAAUGGUAGUAGGAUAUUGGUUUUUAAAUUCAGAUUAUAAACCAACAAAGAACUCUUAAGAUGAGCCACUACUGCACAAUUCAACAAUGGAAUUAUUAUAAUUAAGAACAAGAGACUUCUGUGAGAAUUACUGUGGUCACUGUACAUCUCAGAUGCUUUUAUUUGCAGAUAGCUGGUUGUCUUUUAACAUGUAAAAUCUCUGUUGACAUAUGGUAACUGAUGGCUUCAUGUGCUGGAGUACAAGUCAUUGUGAGUUCAAAUCUUUUCAAAGAAAACAUAUUAGUUUCUCAUGGUAAAAACUAAGUUCACAUUUGAAUAAGUUGAUGUUAAACAAUUUACACUUGAGUGAUUACAGUUAAAAAGCAUAUCCAUUUGUUUAGUAUUUAUGAGAAUGUCUGAAUUUGCAGAAAUAGCACACCCAGGCAAGUAUUGUAUUGUACCCUUCGGUAAAGUUAAAAACAUAUUCCCUCUACCUCAGCUUUGCUUGUUGGGAAAUAUUUUGGUAUUAGGAAAGGCCUGGAGUCAGUGAUUUUUUUUCUUGAUAAAUAAUUGACAUCAUGCUGGAGAGUUAUAAGCUUAUAUCCUAAUACUGGUGCUGUGAUAUUGUGCCUAUAAUGGAAAGGAUUACUAGCAUUAUUAGGCACUACCUCUCUCCUUAUUAGGAUUAUUAGACACUAAUUCUCUCCUUCCUGGCAGCAGAACAAAUAACUUGGUGGUGGAGCAUAAAAACUUGAACAAUAAUUAGAAACAUUAUCAUGAUGUUAACCUUUUAGCAUUUAGCCAUAUCCACGAGAUCCAGCCUCUCACACCUACCCUGCAAUGUUAGUCUAAAAAAAUAUAUAGUCUCUUAAUCGAAAUCUCAAAGCUACAAGAUAAUGCACGAUAAAUUCAAAACAAUGUGAAUAAAUAAGCAUUACGUUUGAUGGAAUAAUCUGAAUGCUAAAGAGUUAAAUAUGUAUAAAUUUCUAGAACUGUUCAACCCAUAUGUAGCAAAAGUAAAAAAAAAAAACACACACACUAUUUUGAGUAUGUCUACAAUCAAACAAGGACUGAGUGAAUCCCUGCUUUGAUAUACAAGUAUGGCUUAUAUUCUGACUUGUAGAGUUUGAAGUAAAAUUCUGUUGAGCCAAUGAGAUAUAUCUGAUUAGUUUGUUAAUGACAAACUACUUAAUCUUUCAGAAAUGAACGAAUGUCACCAUCUUAAUUCCCCCCCUCUCUAUGUUUGUAAUCAUUUGCCUUUGUGAGAAAUCAAUGUUAGUGCAUCGCAUAAUGAUUUAACUAAUUAAUAUAAUCAAGAAUUAAAUCAGUUCAAUGUAACAUGCAGAAAGAAAGCUAAGUUUUUCAAAGUGAUUUUCUUUCAUAGCAUUUUACACCAAUAAACCUCUAUCAACACUGGAAGUUGAACAGAAGAGUUACAAUUAAUCAGAAGUAUAUGAGUUGUCCUUCUUAGUGUGUAUACAUAUAUAUAUACACAUACACACGGCUACAUACUAAGAACAUGUCACCCGGAUCAGCCAGGUUGUCUGGUGCUGAGUCAGCUCCACUGGCCACAGCAUUUGGUCCAUUCCCCCGAUGAUCUCGCUAUGCUCCACUCAGGUGGGAAGAUGAUUUGUGAAAGUGUGAGAAUAUGUGUUAAUCCUUUUUUAAACCAAUUAUGUCACCUGUUUUUAUGUUAAACCAGCCAGAUCUGACCUCUCACACCUACCCUACAGUUUACUCAAGUGCUGUGAAGUAGGACUGAACCCUGAAAUCACAUGGUUACAAAACAAACAUCUUAUUGGUUGAAAAGGCCUUGUUACUUGUAAGGCUGGUAACUCUGCUUGCUUUCUGUUUUAUCAUCAUCAUCAUUUAACAUCCACUUUCCUGGCAUGGGUUAGACAGUUUGACUGAAACUGGUAAGCCAGUGAGCUGCACCAAACUCCAGUCUGAUUUGACAUGGUUUCUAUGGCUGGAUGCCCUUCCUAACACCUCAUAUAUUUUCCAAUUUUUAUAAAAUACAAGUUGACGACUGUCAAAACCAUUCCACAUUUGUAAUGUUUAUUUAUUACUAAAGUAUUUUCAAGCACCAUAUUAUUUUUUUUCCCAACAGCAUAUCAGUAAUAACAAUCUACUUACAAAGUCCAUUCUGGAAAUUUGUCGCAUUAUAAUUGCAAUCACUCAUAUAUUUAAAGCUGAUUUGGUCUCAUCAAAACUGAAUUGUUAUCUUACCUUUACGAUAUUGACUUUUUGUUGUAACCAUUCAACUGUCAGGAUAUUUUGCUACAAGACAACUGUGAAAUCUUAUAUCAUUAUAGUUUUACUUGCUAGUAUAGGUUGAGUGAAACUUAUUGAGGCAGGGUUCUAUGGCUGAAUGCUCUUCCUGAUGCUAACCCUGCAAGUAAGGUGUUUUAUUCAAUUGGUCUCCACAUUUCAAACAACCAAGCUACAAGCAUAUUGUUUAUGCAGGACAUAAACAAGCAUUACUACUGCCCAAGCUGUGUCAAUGUGAAGAUAAGCACACACACACACUCUCAUAUAUACAUAUAUCAUGGUCUUCCAUACAGAUUCCAUCUACCAAAUUUCAUUCACAAGGCAAUAAUAGAGGACACUUGCCCAAAGUACCACACCGUAACAUCAAACCUGAAACUGCAUGGUUGUGAAGAGAACUCUUUGACCACUCAACUAUACAUGCACCUUGGCUAUUUUGCCAUGAUUUGCAUGUUGAAAAUUUUACUUUCAGCUUCAUUAGAAUAUUAAUUCUUCAAUUUCUGCCACUCUAAAACUGCAAUACCAAUCCUUAUCUGUAACCUACUGAUAUGUACUCACCUUUGCUUUGUAUCCAGCAAAACACAAAACUCCUUGGUUUUCAUGUUUCCUCCCACUAAUACUUUUUCAAUUAAUUUUUUAGCAUCAUUAUAGUUCAGUCUAAAGUAGAUAUUUGAUCAAAGACUUUCCAACCAUGACCAUACCGUUUCACAGACUAUUAUUAAUUGAAUGUCCCUCCCUUUUCAACUGAAUAGGAUGUAAUUUGAGGGAGAUCUGGCUGCUAUUUCUAGUAGGUCAAAUGAAUAUAUAGAGCAGUGGUUCUCAACCUGGGUCCAAAUAAGAUUUUGUUGCUUAAGCUUGGGUUAUACUUCUACAAUAUACGAAAUAUUUUAAAUUUUUAUACAAUUCCCAUUAAUAUUUAAUUAUAAAAAUGUAAUGGGAUUUUUUCAAACAUCGAAUGAUUUUGAGGGUCCACCCAAGUAAAUUUGGUAUCAAAGGUAAAAAAAUGGUUGAGAAUCACUGAUGUAGAGUCUGAUUUGGUUUGAUAUUAUUCCUGUCAAAAUCUAUGGUAUUUCCUUGUUGAAAUAUUUCCUCUUCUCAGUAGUUUAAAUAACAAAACACCUGGUUCAGAUGUCAUGAGUCUUCUACUCAAUUUCUUGAUAUUUACUAUCAUCACCAGACCUUCCCAGGCUAGGGAGAUUGAUGUGGUUUAAGUUCAGUUUGAACAUCUAUUCUACAGGGUGUCCACAAAGUCUGGGUACAUGGGGAUUAACACAUACUUUAAGAAAUUAUUAUUUCUUAUAUUUAAUUAUGUUAUGAUUUUAUUUACUCCAUAUACCCACAUGGGGAUUAACACAUCAUCAUUGUUUAACAUCCGCUUUCCAUGCUAGCAUGGGUUGGACGAUUUGACUGAGGAUUGGUGAACUAGAUGGCUACACCAGGCUCCAAUCCGAUCUGGCAGAGUUUCUACAGCUGGAUGCCUUUCCUGACGCCAACCACACUUUAAGAAAUUAUUAUUUCUUAUAUUUAAUUGUUUAUGUUAUGAUUUUAUUUACUCCAUGUAGCCAGACUUUGUGGACACCCUGUAGAGUGUGUAACAGCUCAGGUGGUAGUGGAGUAUAAUUGAGAAAAAUGUUUAGUGUAGUAUUUGGUGGUGGUGUCUGUAAGGAGAGGGGCAUGAAUACAUUUGAUUAGUAAUGUCAGUGGUGUAUUUUGCUGGGAGGUAUACCUAAAGCAGGCGGUGUAGGUAAGAGUCUUACCUCUGUUCCAAAUCAAAUUUAUGUAUUGUUGUUUAGUCUCAGGUCAACAUUGCCUGAACAGACCUACAUUCAAAGAACAUUCCAACAAAGACCAUUCCAUCUGAUUAGCACUACAUUAUCUGUUAACUGUGUUCUUCCUUUAUCAAGCUGGCAGGAUAUUUAUUUGAAAGCAAUUUAGUUAUUUUUUAGCACUACAUUAUCUGUUAUCUAAAUGUGUUCUUCUUUUAUUAGGCCAGCAGGAUGUUCAAAGUGAUUUUAUUAUUAUUUCUAGCAACUUUGUAUAAGUUGGCUUGAUGUAUUGAUUGUUAAUAAAUUGUUUGCAAUCUG